AUGAGUACUGGUGACUCUAAGGUUGUUCUAAUCACAGGUUGUGCCAAAGGUGGCAUUGGUUAUGAGUACUGCAAGGCCUUUGCGGAACAAAACUGCCGCGUCUUUGCCACAGACAUCUCCCAACGCAUGCACGACAUAGACUUAAAUUCCUCGGACAACAUCGAGGCACUAGAGCUCGAUGUGUCCUCCGACGAAAGUGUAGCGCUUGCUGUAAAGAAGGUUAUGUCCAAGUAUGGUCGUAUUGAUGUUCUUGUUAACAAUGCUGGGAUAGGAAGCACCGGCCCUCUAGCCGAGCUUCCACUAGAGACCAUUAGAAGGGCUUGGGAAAUUAACACACUAGGGCAACUAAGGGUGGUACAACAAGUGGUGCCUUACAUGGCAUCGCGGCGCAGUGGAAGUAUUGUAAAUAUCGGAAGCGUUGUGGGCAAAGUGCCAACCCCAUGGGCAGGGUCUUAUUGUGCAAGCAAGGCUGCGGUGCAUGCCAUGUCAAACACAUUGAGGGUUGAGUUGAAGCCUUUUGGUAUUGAUGUUGUGCUGGUUGUGCCUGGGGCCGUUAGAUCAAAUUUUGGGAGUGCUACUGUGGAGAGAUUGGGUGGUCAUGAUUGGAAGCUCUAUAAGGAUUUCAAGGAGGCCAUUGCAGAGAGAGCAAGGGCUUCUCAAGGAAGUAAAGCAACGGAUGCUAGUGUGUUUGCUAGGCAUGUGGCAAAUAAGGUCUUAGGGCCUAAGCCACCAAAGCUUAUUAGUUUUGGUCACAUGACUGGCCUGUUUGCUGUGCUUUCUUGCUCUCCUCUUUGGGUGAGAGAUUUGUUCUUUUCUACUCGUUUCAAACUAAAUAAGAAGCUAUGAGGUUUAUUUA